GAAAACAGUCGCUGAAGACACAUCUUUACCAGGCUGCUACGUAGCACCAGGCAUCACAGCCACAAUCUCCAUCUCUUCAAAGAGCAAAGUGAAGAGAAGUUCUCCAGAAACAUGAUUGGCCUGUGGUUCCUCUCUGUUCUCACUUACAGACUUAUGGUGCUUGAGGAGGGCAAUUGCUGGACAUACCACUAUUCAGAAAAAAAUAUGACCUAUAAGCUUGCGGAGGAAUGGUGUAGGAAACACUAUACAAAUAUGGUUGCCAUUCAGAAUAAGAAGGAAAUUGCCCAUCUGAAUGCAUUUUUACCCUUCAAUCCAACUUAUUACUGGAUUGGAAUCAGAAAGAUUGAUAAUGAGUGGACCUGGGUUGGAACAAGAAAACGGCUGACUGAAGAGGCUAAAAACUGGGCUCAGGGUGAACCAAACAACAGAAAGAAUGACAAGGACUGUGUUGAAAUCUACAUCAAAAGAGACAGGGAUGCAGGCAAAUGGAAUGAUGAAAGAUGCAGCAAACAGAAGGUUGCUUUGUGCUACGCAGCUUCCUGUAACCAGUCUUCCUGCAGUGGCCAUGGUGAAUGCCUGGAGACCAUUAACAAUCAUACCUGCCUCUGUGAUGCUGGAUUCUAUGGGCCUGAAUGCCAGCAUGUUGUGACUUGCGACUAAUUAAAAGAACCCGAUCAAGGGACACUGGAGUGCAGCCAUCCACUGCAGAACUACAGCUACAACUCAUCCUGCAAGGUGCAGUGUGCAGAAGGCUAUGAAUCAACUGGGUUUGAACCAGUCUGGUGUACCUCUUCCGGAAACUGGUCUGCACCCACUCCAGCAUGUAGAGUUGUGCAGUGUGAUGGCUUAAAGGCUCCAGCUCAUGGCUCCCUGACAUGCUCUCCGGCUUUUGGGAACUUGCUGUGGAAUUCAACCUGUGAGUUUGCCUGUGAAGAAGGGUUUGUAUUGAAGGGAUCAGACAGGCUGCAGUGUGGCGCUUCGGGAAAGUGGGAUGGAGAACAGCCGGAAUGCGAAAUUGUGCAGUGUGAUGGCUUAAAGGCUCUGGCUCAUGGUGCCCGGACGUGCUUUCCGGCCUCUGGGAACUUUCUGUGGAAUUCAACCUGUGAGUUUGCCUGUGAAGAAGGGUUUGUUUUGAAGUACGGCGCUUCUGGAGAGUGGGAUGGAGAGCAGCCGGAAUGCGAAGCUGUGAUGUGUGAAGCAGUGAACGGGCCUGAAAACAGCUUUGUGGAGUGUACCGCCCGUCAUCCAGAAUUCACCCACAACUCGGCCUGUGAGUUCCAUUGUGAGGAGGGCUACAGAUUAAGUGGAUCACCCACAUUUCAGUGUACAGCUCAGGGAGAAUGGUCAGAGCCCUUCCCAAAGUGUGAAGUUGUGCAGUGUGAUGGCUUAAAGGCUCCAGCUCAUGGCUCCCUCACAUGCUCUCCCGCCUCUGGGAACUUUCUGUGGAAUUCAACCUGUGAGUUUGCCUGUGAAGAAGGGUUUAUGUUGACGGGAUCAGACAGGCUGCAGUGCGGCGCUUCUGGAGAGUGGGAUGGAGAGCAGCCGGAAUGCGAAGUUGUGCAGUGUGAUGGCUUAAAGGCUCCAGCUCAUGGCUCCCUGACAUGCUCUCCCGCCUCUGGGAACUUUCUGUGCAAUUCAACCUGUGAGUUUGCCUGUGAAGAAGGGUUUGUGUUGACGGGAUCAGACAGGCUGCAGUGCGGCGCUUCUGGAGAGUGGGAUGGAGAACAGCCGGAAUGCGAAGUUGUGCAGUGUGAUGGCUUAAAGGCUCCAGCUCAUGGCUCCCUCACAUGCUCUCCCGCCUCUGGGAACUUUCUGUGGAAUUCAACCUGUGAGUUUGCCUGUGAAGAAGGGUUUGUGUUGACGGGAUCAGACAGGCUGCAGUGCGGCGUUUCUGGAAAGUGGGAUGGAGAGCAGCCGGAAUGCGAAGUUGUGCAGUGUGAUGGCUUAAAGGCUCCAGCUCAUGGCUCCCUGACAUGCUCUCCCGCCUCUGGGAACUUUCUGUGGAAUUCAACCUGUGAGUUUGCCUGUGAAGAAGGGUUUGUGUUGACGGGAUCAGACAGGCUGCAGUGUGGCGCCUCUGGAAAGUGGGAUGGAGAACAGCCGGAAUGCGAAGCUGUGACGUGUGAAGCAGUGAACAGGCCUGAAAACGGCUUUGUGGAAUGUACCGCCCGUCAUCCAGAAUUCACCUACAACUCGGCCUGUGAGUUCCGUUGUGAGGAGGGCUACAGAUUAAGUGGAUCACCCGCAAUUCAGUGCACAGCUCAGGGAGAAUGGUCAGAGCCCUUCCCAAAGUGUGAAGUUGCACAGUGUGAAACCCUGAUACUCCCUGAGAAGGGCUCCAUGAAUUGUUCACACCCACUUGGGGAUUUUGCAUACAGCACAGUUUGCGAGUUUAACUGUUCAGGGGGAUGGUUGCUAAACGGCUCUAAUGUACUUCAGUGCGGCGCUGCAGGGAACUGGACUGCAAGUCAGCCGACGUGCGAAGCUCCCCAAGUGCCUGAAGAACUGCUCAGUUACGUCUCUGUUGGAAUAGCAGCCACCGGAGCCUCGCUCCUGUCGACGGCAUCAUUCCUCAUUUGGCUUGUAAAGCGCCUUCGAAGGAAAGCAAAGAAAUUUACUCCUGCCAGCAGCUGCCAGAGUCUCAAUUCAGAGUGUACCUUCCAAAGCACUGCUCAUCUAAUCUAACGCCAAGUGACUCCGGAAUUGAAGCUAUCUUCACGGAUGCCUCAGAGCCCCUCAGGAAAUGGAGCUAUGCAGUCCUCAGCAAGCGGCCAGGUGUUGAUACAUCUUGCUGACAAGAUGAUUACCCUUGGAUCUUGCUACUAAAUACUGAGCUCAGUCAUCUGGUUCUGCCACUGAAGACAAGCAAGCUUGCAGUAAAACCUUAGCUGUUUACCAAAAGACUACAUGGGUCCUGUCAACGUACAGCUACAGUGAUUGGGAGAUCUAUAUUCAUGCUCUGGAUGGGGACAAAAUAAGCUGCUGUCUACUCCUCUAGGGUCAGUCUGUAGGUACCAGGGUGGAGUGAACACUUUGCAAUAUACGUGGUUGGAGAUCUCUCCCAUGGAAACACAUGGGUGCCAUUUUUAAAGAAAAAUAGUUAGAAUGGGAAAUAUUUGUGGAAUUGCCUUACAAACCAUUGAUUUGGUUCACUGGUAAUUGUUGAAGUAAAUGUACUGUAACAAUAUGUCACAAUUAAUAAAUCUGCCUGUAACACUAUGGUCAGGGUGUUUUGCUGCAGUUCCUGGCGAGUUUUUAUAUUGUAACUUUAAACCAUUGCUAAUGGGAGCACUAUCAGAGUUAGUAAUUAUGCCAGGCAGUCUGGUUCGUGAAUGCAGCAAGUAGACCUGAAACAAUUUCAUCCCCAUGGGAUUAAGUAUUGUAAUCUAUAGAAAUAUAUAUUUAGUUUCUUGUGCACUUUAUUCUGCAUCUUUAUUCUAUACUGUUUGUAAAUCGUAGAACUGCUGUAGGGUAUCUGCCCUAGAGUUCAGGAUCAUAUAUGUUCUGCAAAAAGUAUGUGACAUCUACUCUGUUCAGAUAAAAUAGCCUGUUGUAUAACGCAAAAGGUAGUGACUACAGACCUUCUGUGUACUUAUUCCUUUAAACUUAUCUGUCAUUUAGGGACAGACAUGAUUAAAGGCCUUUAUGUGCAUUCAUGUGUGUCUGAACAUAAGGACAUAACAAAACACUAGAUAGAAGUAAAAUACCAUGUAUUAGACCUUUUGGGGUCUAAUCCUGCUCUCAUUAACACUGAUGGCAAAACUCCCGUUAAUUUCAACGAUUCAGGAAAAGGCCCUUCAUAACUUACAAGUUGUUCUUUGUGACACCUUCAUGAAUAGUGUGUUUGGUAACAUUGCAUACAUAAUAGUCCAAUGGAAAGACCUGAGGUCAUAUUUUAGUGGCUGAUGUUUUUGUAAGAAGCAGUUCUGUGGGACUGAAUAUUUGGGGGCAGAGCUUCACCUGAUAUAAAUUGUCACAGCUCAAUCAAUCAGAGGUACCCUUUUAUGUCUGUAUAUUAUAUAAAUAUAAACUGGCAGCACAAGAAGAUAUUUAUAUAUAAUGAAUAUAAUCUGCUUAGGUUUUAUAUUAUCAGUAUGGUUUUGAAUAAGUUAUGUAUUUAAUGUAUUUAUGAUUACACAGUCGUGGCUGCUUUUAAUCUGAUGCUCUAUGUGAUGUUGAUAAAUAAAAUGGUUUGAGAUUACUGCUUA